CUGUUGUGGGUUUAGUAACACAUUAAGGCUUUAUGAUAUGGCAAGUCCAAAGACUUUUAAUAAAGAUGGCAGCAGUGGGCGGACUGACAACUCAUGGGGCCCCCGGGCAAUAGGGGAUCAUGGGGCCCCUGUGUCCUUGCCCAAACUCAAAAAAGCCUAUGAAAAAGGUACCAGGGGCAUCUCAUGGGGCCCCCUACUGAGCCCGGGCCCUUGGGCAGUGCCCGAGUUUCCAAAUGGUCAGUCCGCCCCUGCU